AUGGUUUUUACACUUUUACACGGCGGUGGAGUUCUCUGCGGAUAGUUUUUCUUUAUUUUUUUCCAAAAAAAAAAAAAAAAACUUACAUAGUUGAACAAUAAAAUAAUAUAAAUACUUAUUAAGAAAAGCAUUAACAACAAGUGAAGAAAAUAAAAAUUACCAAUAGCCUGUUACGAGGGCUGAAAAUACAAAACGAAAACUAAGUUUUGCUGGUGCCCAACGCACGACAAACAUAUCAAGUGUUUUUUUUUUUCUGUUUUGUACAAAUUAAUGUUAUGCCGUGUGUUUUGUUGGCUAGAAUAGAGGCAUAGGGAGAGAGAAAAAUAAAAGUGAAUUGUUUUCGGAACACAACAUUUCUGACGAACCAAAUGAAAAACAACCCAAUCUAUUUUUAUCUGAAAGUUAAAGAAAGCGACGGCAGUGGUGUGUGUAAAUCAAUUUUCUUCGAACAGUGUUCUAAUUAAUUGGUUGAUGGUGCCAACUCUGGAAUAAAUCGUUUUAUGCCAUUGUGUGGAUGGAGUAGUGGGUGCUCUAGCACUUAAUUUGAACUCUUUCCAUGUACAUACAUACAAAAUAAAUAGUAUUAUGCCCCUGUAAAAAUAAACGUUAGAAAGGAAGGAUCGCUCUACAUUGCAUUGGAGCAACGGAGAACUGCAGUUGAGUGCAUUGUGCGACGAUAGGACGGGACGAAUAGCAGCCAUCAAUUAUGAAUGCGAGAUCAUCGUCAUGGCUACAGAUAUUGUUCAUCGUGCUCUACAUCAUUCUGCCAUGUAUCCAUUGUGCUAUGCACAAUUCUCCAGGCGAAACCCAACCGCCCAGAGUCGAGAUAAAAAUCAACAGCAAUACAAAUAUAACAUGUCGCAUGAAUUUAAUGAAGUUUGGCAAUAAAGUCAAUAGCUCAUCGUUGUAUUUCGUUGAAGAGGAUACGGGAAAGAGAGUGCCAGAAACGGAUAUAGAGAUUAUAAAUGAAACCACAAUUACAUACAUGUUACGAAAUGCCAGAGAACAAGAUCGUAAUUAUGUGUGUAAAAGUGAUGGAAUGGGUAUUGGCGUCACACACGUAUCAGUUGGUACGGCCCCUUUGGACGUUACAGACUUCAAGUGUCGAGGAUAUGACUACACAUAUAUGAUGUGCAACUUUACCAUACCACACAAUGUUAUACUAACAAAAUAUAGUCUAAACUAUACAGCUCAAUCGGCGUUAUAUCGCACUUAUUACAUGGACCAAAGCGGAAAACGUGUUUAUCGUACAAUUUAUUCACAGAACUACAUGUACACAUGUCCUCUGGAAAUCCAAGAGAGGCAGGCAAUAUGUAAUUUAACACUGGAUCAGAAUAAAUAUCGGACAACUCAUGAAUUCUUCAACUUUACGUUGAGGGGUGAGAAUGGCGUGGGCACAAAUGUACAAAGUUUUUGGAUCAAUAAUUAUGAAAGCGUAAUUCCACCACGGCCAGAGUACACCUUUGAGGACAUAACAUGUCAUUCGGCCGUUAUCAAAUGGCAUAACAAUAAAUAUAGCUAUUACAAGGCAAAAGGUUUACAGUAUGACAUUCGUCUGCGGCCCAAAGACAGUGAUAUCGAUUGGAUGAGCCAUUCCAAUUAUGAGAUACGACAGAAGCAGUCUGAAUAUAAGAUAAUUUUGCGCGAUAUUCCCUUCGCCUAUGUCUGGUAUGAGCUAAGCGUUCGAGUCCGUGUUAAAAAGUCGGCGCGAUUUGACGAUUCUUACUGGAGUGAACCGUAUAUUCAACAAUUUCGUACAGCGCCAUGUCCCCCGGAUGCUGCGCCACUGACAGACAGUGGCAGCUUUUACAUUGUUCCUACACAAACGCAAGUGCGCCUCUAUUGGCAUCAAUUACCAGAAUAUAAAAUGAAUGGUCCCAACUUUACGUACGUGAUUGAACAAGUUAAAAUUGACGGUGUCGAAGUUUCAAUGGAGCCUCUAGAAAUGGAUUUCAUUUCUGCCAAAUUUCCCUGGCAUCGCCAGCACCGUUAUGAAUUUCGUAUAAAAAGUCGUAACUCUGAAGGUGAUUCGCCAGACAGUAACAUCAUAAAUAUUCCUGUCUGGUCAAAGCAUAAUGCAAGUUUAACAUCGCCGGAGUGGAUAAAAAAUGUCUACGAUUCCACAAACCGUACAUACACUCUAACAUGGGGCCCCCCUAAAAAGCAGCAGGGUUUAGUAGACUACACCGUAUUUUGGUGUCAAUCAAAGAAGGCAACACAGGAUGAGUGUAAAGGUACUAUAAAUUUUGCCCAUGUUAGUCGAAAUUCUACUCAGUUCAUUGUUACACCACAAAAAGAGGAUCAGAGCCUGAAUUUAGCUGUAUCUGCAAAUUAUCGUGACUUUAACACGGGCAUGCAUUGGAUGUGUGCAGCUGAUAGAACAGCCGAUCUUGGAAAAAUGGAACCUGAAGUCAUGUCAGUUUCAUCUCGCUCUAUAACUAUUCAACUGAGAUCUGAUCAUAUAUGUACGUCAUUGCUGGAAGGCUAUAACAUAACGUAUUGUCGUGUACAUCGCCAGCAUAAUAAUGCUGGUGAAAAGGCUGCCUGUGCAGAUAAGCCCAUAACUCGCACUAUACUUGGAACAGCCAAAAAGUUUGUAAUUGAAAAUUUAAAGCCUUUUUCCGUGUAUAAAAUUGAAUUGCUUGUCUUCUCAAAAUUGAAAAUUGGCAAAAUGAGUGAUCCUUUAAUUGUGCACACCAAAGAGGAAGCUCCCUCCAAGCCUUUGCAAUUGCGAGCUCACAACGUAACUAGUAGUUCGGCCGUUUUAACAUGGCUGUCACCAGAACACCAUAAUGGAAUCCUAACAAAAUAUAGAAUAGAAUACAACAAUGAGAAUCACAUUAUCGAUUGUAAGGCCGAAGAGGUUUGUACCAAAAAGGAAAUGACAUUUACGUUAGAGAAUUUGAGUAGCUUCACCAAUUAUAAAGUUUACAUAGUAGCCUAUACGAAUGCUGCCCCUUCAGAGCAUAGUAAUGACAUUAAUGUCAAAACCUUGGUGGGAAUUCCAUCGAACCCAAGUCACAUAACAGAAUCGCAGAAUAUUUUGCAAUGGUCUAAACCUGAGGUUCCGUCAGGUCGGGUAGAGUUCUAUCAGGUGGCGAUAAUGGUUUGGUAUAAGAAUGAGAUACAACGUCAAUAUAUAUCAAAUGUGGCCAACACUACAUGCAAGUUUAAUUUGCCAGUGUGUAGAGAUUCAGACCAACGUUUUACAAUCCAAGUGAGGGCAGUUAAUGUGGCCCUACGUGAAACAGAAAUUGAUCAAUACAUAUUCGCUGCGAAGAAUCCAAUGGACUCUGAGGACGACUUGGUACAUGACAAUGCAUAUUUUAACGAUAAUGAUGAUUUAAAGUGUGAAGAUAGUGGAAUGACGGAAGAGAAGGAGAGAAUGAUACGCAAAUAUAGUGAUCAGGAAAAAUAUGUGCUGUACAAAUCAGUAUGGGAGAAGGCGCCUGUCACUAACUGUUCUGAUUCCAAAAUGAGUCGUAUAACGAUGUUGGCCUUGUUGGUUGUUGUUUCUUCCUUGGGUGUUAUAGCAGCAUUUUACGUUGCCCACAAUAAAUAUCAAAAAAUGGUCAAUAUAACAUGUGCACUACCACCGGGGCUGGAGGCGUAUCCAACGAAAAAUGACGGAACCGAUUUUCGCCGUAACAAGGAUUUCUUUAAUAUAGAAAGUCGUCAUUUGCUAUCUUCAAUAAGCAACGAUUUUAGUAACAUAUGUCAGAAUGGACAUCAUGUUAAUGUCGAUGAAGGAGGCAUCGACGGCUUAACAACUGGUUCGUUAGAUAAAAGUAGUGGCUACAUUGGUUCUAACAAUUCGACUCAAUAUUACGACGUAGACGCAGUUAGGGUUGCUGGCCGUGACAGUGACAUAGUAGAUCCAGUGUCUACAGUUGAUGAUGCUUAUAUGGUAAUGGAACGUUUGAAACCAACAGAUUGCAAUUUAACUUCUUCGAACAGUACACUGGACAAAAUGUUGUUGCAGACAGAAAGCAAUAGUGGAUACGUGCAGUCCAAUCUUUUGACAUUGAAUGGAAAACCAAACCCUGCUUUGCCUCCUUCAUUCAUACCAACCGAAAAUGGAUAUAUAAAACAAGUCUCUACAUUGAAUAGCUUACCAACAGAUCAUGGUGCUAAUGCACAAGUUAUUCCGUCACAAAAUGGCUAUGUAAAGCUACAUGAUAUUUGUAAUUUAUCAACACCAAAGUUUGCAAUGACAGCGGCAGAUGUGGCAACACCUCAAAUGUCCAUAAUGCACACAGUUCCUACAACAACAAUGUGUAACAUACCCGUAAACAGUACGGGCUAUGUUGCCCCGCAUUUGCUGCAAAAGAAUUUGAUACAGCCUCCUGCUACAAAUGGUUACACCACCCCAGAAGCACUUGGUAAAACUAUGGGUCUCAACCAUUUAUCACAGGCUAUGAUUGGAGGAGGGGGAAAUGAUGGCGGCGGGAGACUAGCCAAUAUGAUACCGCCCAUUUCCGGCUAUGUUACACGGGAUGAGCUGCGAACGGCAUUCAGCCAGCAAUCGCAGUUUAACUAGAGUCUCCAAAACUUCACCCGCACUGUUCUCCAAUUUGUUUUCUACAUUUUAAAUACUUUUGUACAAAAUGAGAUUUUAUUUAGCAAUGUAAAACUAUACCUAAGAUAUCAUUCAAACACACCAUUUAUCACUUCAUCUAUAUACAUUUAAUUUUAAAGCAUUGUACAAUCUAAUCAUAGUUAACAUUUCACACAUUUCAUUCACACUCGCCUAUAUAUGAGUUCAUAUAUAAACUUCUAUUUGUUGUAUAUUGUAACUAUUUUUAUUAUUAGCAAUUGUAAGUGAAAAUCUGUGCUUUACUGGAUUUUAAUUAAUAUUAUUAUUAUUAUUUAAUUUUAAGUUUGUUUAAAUGAAAAAUGUGUACCGUAUUAAAACACAAAUAUUGUAGCGCCUCAAAUUGAGUAGAUAAUGCCUAUGUUAGGCCACUUUGCAACUAUUUGGUUUAUUCACACACAAACAUAUAUACAUAUUUUAUUUUUGCAUAUUAAGUAACAUGUGUAUUAUUAUUUUUAAUAUUUAGCUUUAAAAUCAAAAGCAACAAAGCAAACAAAACGCGUUUAACCUUGUGGCCUUAAAACAAACAAUAUUUUGUAUAACGAAAUAAAUAUUUAACAAACGUAGAAACAUUUGCACUUAAUGGAAAUAAUUUCCCCUUUCAGUACUUAAUAUAGAACUAUUAAUUCUUGUAUAUUACGAGACUGUUUAUGUAUAGAACGUAAAAUAAAAUUCUAAUUCGAAUGUGA